AUGGGACCUGCUGAAAAAAGUAUUGAGGAGAAAAAUUUAUUCAUCGAUCAAUCUCUCAAUGAUUUUCGAGCAACAGUUAUGGAAAUAAGCGAACACAUUUAUGUUAAUCCAAGGAGCUUGGAGGAUAGACUAUACGACAAAUCGGAGGUAAUCUACAUGAUGCAGCAGAUUGGUCACUUACAAGUUCCCGAAUCAGUCCAAAUGCAGGCACCAGCACCAAAGCUAGGACAAAGUAAUCCAACUCAAAAGAAGCAAGGUCCAAAAUCGGUUCCCAAAAAUGCACCAAACCCUAUUGCUGAGUUAAACGACAACGAUGAAUUUAAUCUAGAUAAAGUCAAUGGUGGGAUAUUGGAACCUAUGGAAGAAGAUGAUUUUUCCGAGACCGUAUCUGAGAAAACUUUAUCAACGAGUCAAGGUAAAUCUUUAUUCGUUUUAGAUAAAGAGGAACAGUUACCUAAUUGCUCGGAUAUUUGCAAACCUACACCGGAGAAAGAAUGCAUUGAAGAGGAAGCAGAACCCUUGCAUAGACCAGCACGGGUAAGAAGAAGAAUCAUAUCAUUGUCCUCAGAGGAAGACGUGGAUUUUACGGAGGAUGCCUCCUACUGGCCAUCUGUCGAGAGCAAAGAAGAGGGGAACACUACUGCUGCAGAAGUGGAAAUAGGUAAGUUGGCGCCUAGGAAGAGGACUCUUCCAAUAGAUCCAAGCUCCCCAAAUUACGGUAAGAGAGAGAAAAAAUGUAAUGGAGCCAAGUACGUAUCUGGAGUAAAAAGCAAGCUCCAAGAAACUGGGUUUUAUGAUGUUCCCGUGGAAUACAUCCGGCUUCCGGUAUGGAAGCAUAUUGAACGCUUUUACUUUGAUGCCAUGGUAAUCGAAGGACAACACAAAAGUAACCAUUUAGGGAACAUUCACAGGAUGCUUUGGAGGAUAGGUAACUUCAAAUUAGAGUUUUCAUCCAAAAUGCUGGAAAACGAGCGAAUCAAGGAAUUCUUCAAUUUCCUUGAACAAUGCGAGGUUUAUUAUCAGACAAUAGUUAACUAUAAUAAAUCACUAACGCAUUUGUUUAAGUAUUUCCUGCGCAUAACCAACCUGAACAGCGAAGACAAAUUGGAGUAUGACAGACUCCUUAAUGUAAAGGAUUAUUGUGAAACUAUUAUAACAGGUUACUCAAAAAAAGCUCACGAGCAGUACCGUCAAAAACUGCUGAGAAACCCCCCGCCGCCUUCACCAAAGGUUCUGUCCGACAUUGUCGAAGGGGCUCGGAAAGCUGCCGAAGAGGAACUAACAAAAAUCGAGGAGAGACUUAUCUCUAUGACAAGAGAUGGAGUUGCCUUGAUUAACAGGUAUUUAGCAGCAGAAAUAUGUCUAAGACAAGGACAUAGACAGGGUGUAGUCAUGCAUUUUUAUGUCGACCAGUAUAAGGCUUCGCUCGAAAAUCCUGAAUAUCAGAUAGCGGACAAGAACACAGGGGAAAAGGUUAUUGUUGUGCCUGUGCAUGAGCACAAAACAGCAAAGCAGUAUUCAGGUAAGAUUGUUCUUAGGUCAUACCUUCAAAACUUUAUUGAAAGGUACAUUAGAAACAUCCGUCUGGAUAUAGUGUGGAAAACACAGAACAAGAGCCCAAACAUGUUGUUGCAGUUUGAUGGUCAACCCUUCCUGAAGGUAUCUCAGGCCAUUGUUGCUCUCCAGCAAAAACUUGGCAUCCAGAAGCCCUACACCAUUAGUGAUGCCAGAAAGUCUGUGGAGACAUAUGCCAAACAUUUGGACGCCGGCCUUCAAAAGACAGUUGCAACCUUCCUAUGUCACUCGGAAGACACCAGGGACAAAGUAUACAGGCAUACUGAAAGUAAGUCCGCUGUUGAUGCUCUUGUUGCCAUUGAAAGUUUAACUAGGAUGAACACAGAAGGGGAAGAUGCCAACUGCAGCAGCGAGGCCAAUCAAGUUGCGCUAACAGGCAACGGCGACGAGGAGCAAGCAACCCCUAGAAAACGCAAGGCUGAGAGCUUUCCGUCUCCACCAAAGUCCAUCGGAAAGGGUCGAGUUAUAGAGCACCUUUUAACAAAGUUUGGUAGUUUGGCUGAAGCCAAAAUACCGAAACCCUCCGAGCUACUUACAUUUGGAAUAAAGAAACACAAGUGUGAGAAGGUUGCACGCGACGUAAGGUAUGAAAAAUUACUUCAAAUCAAUAAUGAUGUCGCUACCUAUCUGUUAAUGAAAGAGGCUAAAAGGUUGAAAGUAGGAAUUAAAGACGUAGACGUGUCGACAAUUUCCAAGUUUAGUGUGCCUGACAACGUCAGUAAAGGGAAAAAACUGGAUCAAAAACGUCUCGAGAGUACGAUGUAUGGCUUAGUCAAUUACCACAAAUCAAAGCCCGAUGUCUCUCAUGAAGACCUCUUGAGGCGUGUCAAGACGCAGGAAUGGCCUAACCUGGUAGUAAGAGAAGUUCAAGAGAAAGGCACAGGGGUCUUCACAGGGGAAUUGGCAUUCAACCGAGGAGAGGUGGUAUGCGAUUACCAUGGUGAUGACAUACCCGCGAAGGAAGGCGAACGAAGGCUACAAACCUAUGGAGACUACCAAACGGAUGGAAAUUACUUCCUAUUUUACACCAAUGCCAAAGGGAAAAAACGCUGUAUCGAUGCAGCCAACCCUUGCCCUUGUCAUCCCAACAUUAAAACAAAAGGGCGCCUCAUUAAUCACGCAGCAGGAAAUCCGAAUCUAAAAUCAACAAGACUGGUUGUGAAUGGAGAAGAACAUGUAUUUUUGGUAGCACAAAAGUUUAUUGCUCCCUUCGUCGAGCUGAGUUACGACUAUUCUGUGCGGCGAGCCGAAUCGGGGGAGAAAAUAGCCUGGCUCUCGGUAUGA